AUCAACUGUGGGUUUACAAUUUUGAUCAUUGCUUUGGUUUUUCAUUUGAAUUUACAAGUAAAAGUUUUAGUAUCUCUUAAGUUUCAAGUACUCAGACACUGUCCCUACUGUUAUGGAGUUUGCAGUCCUGUGGUUAAGUUUAUUUCUCUUAACUCCCCUUUACAAGAUUACUUUAUUUUCUCCAACAGUUCUGUUAAGCAUUUCUUUGUUUAAAUGCCAGUUUCCAACCAUUGAUUGUUAACAUGAAGUUUACUAGCAUUAGCCUCCUAAUUUCUUCCACUCUAACCUGUCCUAUAGUCCAUCUUCUGCAAAGCAGCCAGGAUUGUCAUAAAAAAAAUAACAUUACUGUUUUGUUCAAGCCUUCCCUCUUAGAAUUAUUUUAGGUCCAAACUCUGUACUGUGGCUUUUAAGGCCUUGCACACUCUGCCUUUAGCAAAUUUUGUCACUUUUCAUGUCUUGGUUUCUGUUCUUCAAACAUGAAAACUUUAGGGGCUUUGCAUAGGCUAUUUGUCCCUCAGUUGGGGACAAAUGUUUUUCUCCAAAUAAUCUAUGUUAGUUCAACUCCUUGUCAUUCCAUAUUCAAAAAGAAUGACAGCAUUUGUAAAGGCCUCCUUGUCAAUCCCAUUUAGUGUAGUUGAAUAUACUCCUUUUAGCACUGUGACACCAUCCUAUUACAUCUUCUUUAUAGCACUUAGCAUUCUUUAAAAUUAUUUAUUAAUCCAGUUGUUUGAUACUGUUUUUCCUUCCCUGAAUAUGUGCUCCAUGAAAACACAGGGACAAAUGUCUGUUUUGUUUAUUCCUGUAUCUCACUUUAUAUUUGUAGGAUAUUGAUUGAAAGAAUCAAUAGCUUCUUUCAAAUAUCUGAGCCUGAGUACUAUGAAUUAUUAUUAAUCUGUUCUCUUAUUUCUGAAAUGUAGAUGCAAAACAUAAAAGCUCUGAUGGAGAAUUUGUACCUCAGACACGUCCACGUAGUAACACUCUUCCAAAAAGUUUUGGCUCUUCUCUUGACCAUGAAGAUGAAGAGAAUGAAGGUGAACCCAGAAUCAUUCAGAAGGAGAAAAAACCAUCUAAGGAAGCAACCCUCGAAAUGAUUCUGAAAAGACUGAAGGAAAAACGUGUUGAAAGGUGUCUUCCAGAAGAUAUCAAGAAAAUGACGAAAGAUCAUCUGGUAGAAGAGAAAACUUCUCUCCAGAAAAGUCUUCUUUACUAUGAAAGUCAACAUGGAAGGCCGGGCUCUCCCUCCACUAAACGUCGGGGUCAGAUGUUACAGCCAAUCAUAGAAGGAGAAACUGCACAUUUUUUUGAAGAAAUCAAGGAAGAAGAAGAAGAUGGUGUUAGUCUGUCCUCUGAGUUAAGUGACAUCUUGAAAACAGCUGUGCAGGCACAGUCUUCAUUGGAAAACUCAGAGUCUGAUGUUGAAGAAAAUCAAGAGAAACUGGCUCUGAAUCUCUCAUUAUCAAGUACUCGAGCAGCUUCGAUGCCUGAAUUACUGGAACAGCUUUGGAAAGCCAGAGCUGAAAAAAAGAAACUACGUAAAACAUUACGGGAAUUUGAAGAAGCAUUUUAUCAACAAAAUGGAAGGAAUGCCCAGAAAGAAGAUCGUGUUCCAGUGCUUGAGGAAUACAGGGAGUACAAGAAAAUUAAAGCCAAGCUUAGGCUUCUUGAAGUUCUUAUUAGCAAACAAGAUUCUUCAAAAUCCAUAUAAUAAUACAUUCCUUAAAAAUUCCUAUCAUAAAUCAGUUGUAUCCUUGAAGCUAUCAUCAUGUGUACUUGGCUGGUGCUUGAGUUUGUUUUGCGAGGCACUCAGUCUCAUUUUGAAUUUGGUUGUGGUGCCACUAAACAGAGGAUAGGAGGGUGAGCAGGCCCUCUCUAGGGAACGUAAGUGAUGUUCCGUAUUAAUCAUAGACUGUCCUCUCCACCUUUAGCAAACAUGCAGUUUCCUUCAUUGUUUUUUUUCUUUUACUACAGAUACAUCUUACUUAUUACAAAAAGACUAUAAUUUUAAUCAUUUGAACUUCAAGAACUGUGGAAAUACAAAGCUUUUUGUUUAUUACUUUUUUUUUCCAUUACUGAAGAAAAUUGAGAGAAAAAUCUUCACACUGAAUUUUUCGGUUGCCUUUUUCUUACAGAAUGACUGAAAAUUUGAGAGAAAAGCCUAUAAAAGUGACAUAUGCAACUGUGUUCUAUGUUUCCUAGAAAACCAAAAUCAAAGUGAAAUUUCAAGUCCUACUUGGAACACUUUUCUGUUUAAUUUCCAAAGUGACACCUCCUCACAGGUAGUAUGCUAACAGAAAUUUGUGAUUCAGUGGUCACACAACUCUUGCAUGAAGAUAAUAGUAGGUAGACCAAAAAGUGACCUUGCUUAUUAGUCUAUUGAAAACACAUACCACACAUCACACACAGAAGUGAAUCAUAUCACAUACUGCCUAUGGGACUUAAGUUACUGUUUGUUCCUAAGUUGCUGUUUUCAGCUGGUGAUGAUGUGAUUUUUCUGGAUCAGAUCCUGCGCCUUUGCCCCCUGCGCCUUUCCCCCAUCCCCCUCCAGAUAAUGUGAGAAAAUAGCCAUGUCAGUAUGUAGAAACUCUGAUGGUGCUCAGAUUUGUGUGUUUAAUCAUAUGGGCCUAAAUUGGCAAAAUAAUCAUUAUGCCUAAGUGAAUCUGUUCUUAACAAGGGCUAUACCACUGCAGUUUUUCAUGUACCUUCAGGGGCUGCACCUUUUUUUCCCCUCUCUUUUAAUCAUCAAAAUAGAGACAGAAACACCCUCUAAAGUGACUCAUAAAUCACAUGCUGUUUAAAGUAGUCACUCCCGGGAUAUGUAGUGGUGUAUCCCUUGUCACAUACUCUUAGCAUGUGUUUUCUUUUUCUUUGGCUUUGCAUGGCUUUUCUUCAGGUACUCUCCUGGUAUCAUUCUGCUAAUCAUUUUUAUGGAAUAGUGACUUGAUUUGUGUUAACAGAUUUGGGUCAGGCUUAAUCUAAGUGUAAAUUUUUUCCCCCUUUUUUGGAUUGAUGAGUAUCUUGCUGUGCCCAGGUUUUGCAUGUAGUGACACAUGCAUGUUUUUCUUAACUAGCUAAUAUUAAAAGUUUGUUUCAUACAAAAAUGGAAUUUUGCAACAUCCUUUAAUAAGGUGAGGGAAGCAUGCACCUCAGAUUUCUUGGCACUAUUGCAUAAGUAAGCACAUGGUAGCUUGGUAACAGUGUUUCUAGUACUCUGCAUUUCUCUUGUGUGUGCAAUGCCUUUUUCAAUGGGAGGGGAAAAUCCAGUGGUAGUGAAUGUGUAGUUGAGGAAUUUAAAAAAGCACUAACUCCAGCCCUUUUUGUGUGGUUUCCUUUUGAUAAUAGGCUAUUCAUAAUGUAUUCCUAGAAAAGUAAAAUAAAAAAUGCCAAAAAAUGUAUUACUUUGAUUUGAAUUCAUCAUGUGGUGUACAGUUCAGUGAAUUUCUUUCUUUCUCCAGGCAGGAGUAUAGCAACUAAUUUUAUGUGCACUGUUAUAUUGUUUUUUAUGAAUGUUUUAUUUUAUAUACCACAUGCAAAAAUGUCCAUGUGCACUAUUUAAAUAUUUUAAAUAAUAUAUUCCUUUAUAAUGCUGAAUCUAUUUGAGUACCAUAUUUUUAUAAGUCAGUGGCCUGACUGGUUUCAUUUUAGAAUUAACAGCUGCUUCAUGAUGUUGGUUAUUCAAUGUUAAUGUCUGGCCAUGAGUAGACUAGGUAAAAAUGGCAUGGCAGCACUUACGCUUUGUGACAGUAUUGUGUCAUAGUUGAAUAGUAGGUGGUAGAAUUCGGCAGUUUGUGAUAGUUUUACUUUGGUACAAAUAAAAACUAUAUCUAUAUAUAAAUAUUAUAUAGAUAUAUAUGUCCACCAGUAUACUUGCAUUGCUGUGUCUGGCACUUCAUUGUAUAGAGUUUUAUAAUAAAAGAACCUUAAUGUUCUAAGUCAUUGUAAAUGUAUGUUUGUUUUUCCAGUAGGUGUUAAAAAAGAACAAGGUUGAGACCUCAGGAUGUUCCCUUUGCCUUAAUGUUCUUUAUGCUUACUUGAAUUACCCUACCCAUGUCAGGGGGCACCAAUUGGAUCCAAUUGGCCACAGCUCUAGGGAGUGAUAAGGCAGGGAAAGGCCACUGAAUGCUUAGCUUAGCUUCUAGGGAGAAGCUGCAGAGAGAGUCAUCACCAUUUCUUGUUGCAGUAAGAAAACCUGAUGCCUAGUUUCUAAGAGCAGAGCUUGGCCUAAGGAAAGGUGGGUAGUGGUUUAAAAAUUACUUUAUUCAACUGUUGUCCCAGCUACUUCAGAGGUCGGAGCAGAAGGGUCCCUUGAGCCCAGGAAGAGUUUAAAAAACCAGUGCUUAAGAAAACAUAUGGCUAUUCUGAGGGUGAGGAGGGAGGGCUAAUAUAACAUAGAAAAACUAGAAAUGUUUCCCUACAGUUUCCAAAAUACCAGUCAUCCACAGAUUUACAAAUGUAAAUGGCUCUUGCAGCAUCCUCAUUUCCUGUUUCCAAACAUAACUUCUUAAGACACUGUUAUGCCUACCCUGUUCUUUAUUUUUGAGAAACUAAAUGAUACCUAGAUGAAUUUCCAAAGUUUGAAGAUAUUAAAUGAAAUUUCUAGACUUAGCUGGGAAGUUUGUUCUUUGACACUCUUUUUCCAGGAUACUUUGAAUUCUGAAGAAUGGGGGCAGAUUGUUUUACAUGGGUCAUAUAUACUGGCUUUCCAGAAUCCUAAGCCUUUAUCAAUUUAUCAAUGGCUUGAAAGUACCAAUAGUUCUUAUACUCUGUAGCUACAAGAAAACUGUCUUUCUCCACCUACUUUUUGAACUAUUAGAGAUUUGCCCCAUAAACCAUAAGCAUUAUUUUGUACUUUCCUUCACAUUCCUAGAAUUUAAUAAACCUCUUUAUAAAACUCCUAUGUGUGUACUAGUGUGUAUAUACAGAAAGCAUGUUGUACAGUGAUUCCAUUCAGCAGCACUGAUUACAUGGUGAUACAUGGUUUUUGUGUUUUUUGUUUUGGGGGGAUGCAGUACUGGGGUUUGAACUUGGGGCUUUGUACUUUGUACUUUGUACUUGCUAGGCAGAUGCUUGAGCCAUGCCUCUAGUCCCUUUUACUCUGGUUACUUUGGAGAUAGGGUCUCGCUUUUUGCCCAGGCCCACCUAGACUGCAACCUAUUUUAGGCUUGCCACCAUCACUGAGAUGACAGGCAUACACCACCAC